AUGCAUUCCUCCCUUUUUAUCUUUGGCCUCGUCUUUCUUGUGGCCACCCUCGUUCAGGCAUUACCCAUAAACAAGAGAGAUGGUUCCCUCUACGGCGUAACUUAUACCGGAUUGAACCCUGAUGGCAGCUGCCAAAGCCCUGCCCAGGUCCUCAAGAGCAUGCAAACCUUCAAGAAGCAUGGUAUCAUGAAUGUUCGCACGUAUUCUCAAGAGUGUGAUCAGUUGCCUCAUAUCCUCGACGCAAUGCAGAAGACCGAUCCCGCCAUGACAGUGCUGGCCGCUGUUUGGAUCGAAGGUUCGGACCGGGAUGAAAAAGAAAUCAAGCAAUUGCAAAAGGUGCUGGAAUCGGGCAAGAACCGUCACGCUAUCCGUGGUAUUACCGUUGGCAACGAAGUGGUCUUCAAAAACCACAUGGAUCCUGGUUCGCUUGUGGAAAAGAUGAAGACUGUCAAGGGAAUCGCAAGCAAAUACGGCAUCAAGGUUGGCACUGUCGAAACUGCUGAUACCUACACUGAUGAAUUGAUCGAUGCCUCGGAUCUUGUUGUGGUGAACAUCCAUCCUUUCUUCCAACCCGUUAAAAUCUCUGACGCCGCCGACGCAUUCGUUAAACAAUACAAUGCAUUCAAGAAGAAGGCUCACGGUAAAGAAGUUCUUGUUGGUGAGACUGGCUGGCCUUCGGCCGGAGAUAGCAAUGGUCCUGCUGUUCCCAGUGUGGAAAACAUGGCCACCUAUGUUAACGGUAUUACAAAGACGGAUAUCCCCUACUACUUCUUUGAAGCUCAAGAUGCCAGCUGGAAGGGCGAUGGUCAUCUUUCCGUGGAACCUCACUGGGGUCUGGAAAACCAUAGCGGCAACUUCAAGUUCGCUACAUAG